AUGUCUGAUCCUCCUCUGCGAGGAGAGCCAUUUCAUACUGGAGAGUCAUUUCAUACUGAAAGGCUCAACUUUAGGACUUGGGUAAACAGAAUUCUACAAUCACUUCGAGCUCCAACUAUAAAGGGAUUAAGAAUUUGUUUUGAUGUUUACUCUAACUUGGAUAUUGAUAAUUGGAUCAGCUUCGCUAUUGAUAAAGAAGCCCAAAGUCUUGAGUUGGACUUAACAGAUGUGGAUGUGAGCGAUCAGGCUCUUGACUACUUUUUAACUCAAUGUCCAUCGCUUGAGGUUUUGAGGCUGAUCAAAAUCGCUUCUCUAACAAGGUUUAUAGCUUCUGAAUCAUUAGUAAACCUGAAAUGCUUGGAGCUAAGAUACUGUAAUUUUCUAAAGGAGGUUGAAAUUUCUGCUAUCAAUCUUACGUCAUUGUCUUACACUGGAAUUAAAGUUGCCCCUGUUGCUUUGAAGAAUCUACUCCGUCUCGUGGAGGUAUUAUUUGGAGGAGCCUGUUUGUCUCGUAUAUAUCACACUUCUCAGCUCCAAAUAAAUCUUUCCCAGUUGGAGACACUUGGUUUCGAUGUGUUUGGAACUAAUUUGGCUUUGCCGUUCCUUAAGACCAUUCUCAAAAUGAGUAAUGUGAAGCAUUUGGAAUUGGAGGUUCAAAUUAAACAUGUUUCUUGUUCUUUCCUUUCUGUCACUUCACUGCUAAAAGCAGCUCCUUUGUUACAUACAUUUACGCUGAAGAUUAUGUGCUGCGCAGAUUGGUCAUCCAGGGAGUUAUCCAAGAUCUCAUUGGAAAAUCCUUAUCCAUGCCUUAAAGUUGUGAAACUGUAUGGGUUUGUUGGGGUUCCAGCCGAGGUAGAGAUGAUUUUCCACUUGCGUGAGAAUUCUCCGCUGCUUGAGAAGUUAAUAAUUGAUCCUUGUCAGCCAUUUUUCCUUGGCAGCAAAGCAGCGUCAAUGUUUCGAAAAUCAUGGGAUUACAAAUCUGCUAAGCUGCUUGCUAUGGAGCUGCAAGCAAAAAUACCUCAAAGAAUUGAAUUUAUAGUUGCAUAA